AUGGGUGCCGUCUUGCCUCACGACUUCAUCUCCAAUAACGUAAUCACGACUGAUGGGAAGUCAAUUGAUGGCAUUUCUAAAUGGCUAGAAGACUUCACCCACUCGGUUGUGCCUCGGAACUGCCACUCUCACAACGACUACUGGAGACCUUACCCACUGUUCUCGGCCCUGGCGGCUGGUUGUGUGGGAGUGGAGGCAGACAUUUGGCUCAGCGACGAUGGGCUUGAUCUUCUGGUAGGGCAUGACCGUGGCUCCCUCUCGACUGAGCGAACCUUACAGAAGAUGUAUCUCGACCCACUCCUCAAGAUUCUGGAUCACCAAAAUUCACAGGGAUCUGUGACACAAUUUCAGCAAGCUCGCGGCGUCUUUGACACCAUCCCGAACACGUCGCUCAUUCUGUUAAUUGACGUCAAAACGAAUGCUACCGAGACAUGGCCAAUCCUGGUCAAGCAGCUUGGUUCCCUCCGGAAAAAGCAGUAUCUGACUCGAUUUGAGCAUAUCGAGACCUCGCCCGGUUUUGUGACCAAGCAAGGUAUUUGGCCUGGCCCAGUCACUGUUGUCGGCACGGGGCUUCUAGAUCGAUUCACUUUCUUGGAUCCCAAUCACAGAAGCUAUGAUGAUUACGAGGCUUAUCAUGACACUUUUAUUGAUGCUCCAUUGAGCACCCUUUUGCAUGAUAACACCUUCUGGAGGUAUCCGCUUGGCGAUCCUGCUCCCAUCGGCCAGCCCGCGUCAAACUCUAGUCAGCUUUGGUGCGCCGAUGACGCAUACUACGCCUCGGCAUCUUUCAAAACAGCGAUUGGAUCAGUUCGAACUGGCUUUUCGCAGGAGCAACUGCAGAGGGUCAGGGCCCAUGUUCAGGUUUCGAGGCAAAGUGGGCUCAAGUCCAGGUACUGGGACAUUCCAGACUGGCCAAUCGGAUAUAGGGACUACAUCUGGAAGGUGUUGACGGAGGAGAAUGUUGACAUGUUGAAUGUGGACGACCUGGAGAGCGCUGCUAGGCGGGGCUGGACCCAAGGGUAUCUGAGGGACGUGCUCUGGAUGGCAUUAGUGUCCACAUACAUCUUUGGUUGUGGCAUCGCGAUCUUGCUUUUGUUCACCCGCAGAUCACAGAACGAAUCAGGUACACAAACAAUUCCCUAG